AGUCCGAGGGGCUUUAUCGGCAUCGUCUGCUCCACUGAAACUUUUCCCCAACGCUACAAUCUGUCUCCGCGGCUCUAGUUUGGGAGCAGCGUCACAGAGGAGAGGACCGAGGAGUUUUUAAGAGAGGCUUUGAUGAUGAAGCGAGGGAUGGUGUGAUUCUGUAGAGAGACAGAGAGGAAGAGGGAGACGCUCCAGCAGCAUCACCACCUCCUCACUCCUCUACCAGACCCCUCUUCUGUCUGGCUCUUCUCUUUAACUCCCUCCUUCAGAGGAGACAGGAGGCUUGUUGGUCAACCAGGAAACAUGUCCCAGACCAGGAGGAACACGUACACACGGACCACCAGCAGCGGCAGCAGCAGGAUGAGCUCAGACGGGGGCGGGCGGCCCGUCAAAGUGGGCUCCCUGGUGGAGGUGAUCGGGAAAGGACAGCGCGGCACGGUGGCCUACAUUGGAAACACCCUCUUUGCCUCUGGAAAAUGGGUGGGGGUCAUCCUGGACGAGGCCAAGGGCAAGAACGACGGCACGGUGCAGGGCAAACGCUACUUUACCUGUGAGGAGAAUCGUGGGAUAUUUGUGAGACAAUCACAGAUCCAGCUCGUUGAUGAUGGGGCAGACACGACAUCUCCAGAGACACCUGAGCCAGGCACCGGAAAGGUUCCCAAACGAGAGAUCAUUGAGACGUCCAAGUCUUCUAAACUGCGAGGAGUGAAGCCUAAAAAGACUCCUGCACCCCGGAAGACCACGGCCAGAAGGCCCAAGCAGCCCAGCAGAACUGCGGGUGGAAAGGGUGCCGCGUCCGGCUCGGCCUCGGCCUCAGCUGGAGAGAUGAGCAGCAGCGAGCCCAGCACGCCGGCUCAGACCCCUCUGGCUGCUCCGGUCAUCCCCACCCUCCAUUCUCCAGGAAACCUCCCAGCUCCCGGCCCCACCAAGGAGGACGGCACUUUGGAACCAAAGGAGGAGGAGGCGCUGCGUGGUCAGGUGAAGGACCUGGAGGAGAAGCUGGAGACUCUGAAGAUGAAGCGGACGGAGGACAAGGCCAAGCUGAAGGAGCUGGAGAAACACAAGAUCCAGCUGGAGCAGCUGCAGGAGUGGAAGACGAAGAUGCAGGAGCAGCAGGCCGAGCUGCAGAAACAGCUCAAAGAGGCCAAGAGGGAGGCAAAAGAAGCUCUGGAGGCGAAGGAGCGUUACGUGGAGGAGAUGUCGGACACAGCGGAUGCGAUCGAGAUGGCCACGCUGGAUAAAGAGAUGGCCGAGGAGAGGGCGGAGUCUCUGCAGCUGGAGGUCGACUCACUGAAGGAGAAAGUGGACGAGCUCACCAUGGACCUGGAGAUCCUGAAGCACGAGAUCGAGGAGAAAGGUUCGGACGGAGCUGCGUCCAGUUAUCACGUGAAACAGCUUGAGGAGCAGAACGGCAGACUGAAGGAAGCUCUGGUCAGGAUGCGUGAUCUGUCGGCUUCAGAGAAGCAGGAACACGUGAAGUUACAGAAGCAGAUGGAGAAGAAGAACGUGGAGCUGGAUGCUCUGAGGAGCCAGAAAGAAAAACUACAGGAGGAGAUGAGUGUGGCGGAGAAGACCAUUGACGAGCUGAAAGAGCAGGUGGAUGCAGCUUUAGGGGCGGAGGAGAUGGUGGAGACGCUGACAGAGAGGAACCUCGAUCUGGAGGAGAAAGUGAGAGAGUUAAGAGAGACGGUGACUGACCUGGAAGCGAUAAACGAGAUGAACGAUGAGCUGCAGGAAAACGCCAGAGAGACGGAGCUGGAGCUGAGGGAGAUGUUGGAUCUGGGCGCCGCCAAAGUCCGAGAGUCUGAGAAACGCGUUGAAGCUGCUCAGGAGACGGUGGCUGAUUACCAGCAGACCAUCCAGAAGUACCGCGAGCUCACGGCUCACCUGCAGGAGGUGAACAGAGAACUGACCAGCCAGCAGGAAGCAUCAGCCGAGCUGCAGCAGCAGCCUGCUGCAGAGAUGUUUGAUUUCAAGAUUAAGUUUGCAGAGACAAAGGCAUACGCCAAGGCCAUUGAGAUGGAGCUGAGGAAAAUGGAGGUCGGUCAGGCCAACAGACACGUCUCUCUUCUGACCUCCUUUAUGCCCGAGUCGUUCCUCCGUCAUGGUGGAGAUCACGACUGCAUCCUGGUCCUGCUGCUCAUCCCCAGACUCAUUUGCAAGGCGGAGCUGAUCAGUAAGCAGGCUCAGGAGAAGUUUGACCUGAACGAGAACUGUGUGGAGCGAGCCGGGCUGAAGGGGGCUGUCGGGGAGCAGCUGAGCUUUGCAGGUGGCCUGGUUUACUCGCUUAGUCUGCUGCAGGCCACGCUGCAUAAAUACGAACAGGCUCUGUCUCAGUGCAGUGUGGAAGUCUAUAAGAAGAUCGGCUCUCUGUACCCAGAGAUGAGCGUUCAUGAGCGAUCUCUGGAUUUCCUCAUCGACCUGCUGCACAAAGAUCAGCUGGACGAGACGGUCAACGUGGAGCCGCUCACCAAGGCCAUCAAAUAUUAUCAGCACCUGUACAGCAUCCACCUGGUGGAGCAGACUGAGGACUGCACCAUGCAGCUGGCUGAUCACAUCAGAUUUACCCAGAGCGCCUUGGACUGCAUGGCGGUGGAGGUUGGUCGUCUGAGGGCAUUCCUGCACGCCGGUCAGGAGAAGACCGACAUCGCCGUGCUGCUGAAGGACCUGGAGACAUCCUGCAGCGACAUCCGACAGUUCUGCAAGAAAAUAAGACGCAGGAUGCCUGGAACAGAUGCACCAGGGAUCCCUGCAGCGCUGAACUUUGGACAGCAGGUGUCAGACACACUCUCAGACUGUAGGAAACACCUGACCUGGGUGGUGGCCGUGCUGCAGGAAGUUGCAGCAGCCGGAGCUCAGAUGAUGUCUCCUCUGGGUGAGCAGGAGGGGCUGGCAGCCGUCAAACUGGAGGAUGUGGCGUUCAAGGCCGGAGAACAGAUUUAUGGAUCCCAGGGAGCAAACCCAUACGAGUAUCUGCGUCAGUCCUGUGGCAUCGUCAUAGCAACCAUGAACAAGAUGGCCACCGCCAUGCAGGAGGGAGAGUAUGACUCUGAGAAGCCUCAAAACAAGAAUCCUCCUCCUGUGGACGUGCGGUCUGCAGCUCUGCGUGCUGAGAUCACAGAUGCAGAAGGUCUGGGUAUGAAGCUGGAAGACAGAGAGACGGUCAUCAAAGAGCUGAAGAAGUCGCUCAAGAUCAAGGGAGAAGAGCUGAGCGAGGCGAACGUCCGUCUCAGCCUCCUGGAGAAGAAGCUCGACAGCUCGUCUAAAGACGCAGACGAGCGUGUGGAGAAGAUUCAGACCAGGCUGGACGAGGCGCAGACACUGCUGAAGAAGAAAGAAAAGGAGUUUGAGGAGACGAUGGAUGCGCUGCAGGCAGACAUCGACCAGCUGGAGUCGGAGAAGGCUGAGCUGAAGCAGAGGAUCAACAGCUCGUCUAAGAUGACCAUCGAUGGGCUGAGGGGAACCGGACCGUCAGGAAUUGCCUCCAUCGUUACGGGAAUUUCAGGAGAGGAACAAAAAGCAAACAUGGUUGCCGGGAUUGGUUCGGGCUCUGGUGUCCAGGUAAUCGACUCUCCUCUGCUGACUCAGCAGAUUGAAGCUCAGAGACUCUGCAUCAAACACCUGAAGAAUGAGAACAACAGACUGAAGGCUGAGAAGAUGCGAGCUCAGCUCGCCGCUCUGCCUCCUCUUCACGUGACCAAACUUCCCUCCAAAGACGGUCGUCCUGAAGUGCUCUCCAGCGCCCUCUACCGUAAAACCGACCAGCUGCUGGAGACUCUGCUGCAGAUGAGUGCCAACGUUAAAGUGGUGGAUAUCACCGGGAAAUCUCCAGUGACGCCUGCUGCUCAGCUCCUGGAACAGACGGCCAGACUACAGUCACUCAGUGACACUCUGGGCAGGCUGAAGGAUGAAGUUGCAGAGCACGUCGUCAACCAUCAGCCUGGAGCUCGUGUCCCCUCAGAUUUUGCAACGUUUCCUUCAACCACGUUUGUAAAAGCAAAGGAGGAGAAGCAGGGCGACACGGUCCUGGUGGGUCGAGUCAUGGUGCCGUGUCCCCGCGGUCAGGAGCAGGUCCACCGACUCGUCCUGUCACAGAAUCAGCUGCAGCGAGUUCACAGUCUGCUGAAAACCUAACGCACAGCAACAAUAAACAACAAAAACCACCCCCGGAACCAUAACCUAACAUCAUCAUCAUCAUCAUCAUCAUCAUCAUCGGCUUAGCAGUCUAGUUUCCACGCCAGGACCGAAUGAGGAAAACCAGGAAGUAUCUAAACCACUGACGUAGAACCAUAACAUACAGUAAAUAUAUAUUUAUUAUUUAAUCUUCUUUAUUAUGACAGUCAGGAGCCGGUCUGAUCUCAGGGUCACUCUGACUGUUAGAUAUGUGAACUAGUCUGACUUCAUUAAAAUCCCUCAGUUGUGUUUUUUGGUUUCAGAGUGAGACCUACAGGCAGAUACUACAUAAUCAAUAAUUUCAUCCACAGAGGCGCCAGUCCAACUGCAAGCAAAAAUUUGAACAAUAUUCCCCAACUCUGGUCCCAAAUGGGCAAGUUUUAAUUUCUGGUCUAAAUUGGAGAUAUUGCCCUAACAUUUGGAAUUUUUCAAUAUUAUUUAUAUAAAAAAAAAAAAACAAAAACAUUUUAGCGUGGAAGAAGUACAGAAUCUUAAUUCCUGCCUUGCCUUGGAUUUUCAAGGAGAAUUACACUUAGAAGCCAAAUGACUCCUGAACUUAUUAAAUCUUAAAUCUAUGGGGAAAAAAACUUGAAUGGUAACUAUUUUCAAGGAUUUAUUUAGUCAUUAUUUAAGCAAAAAAGACCAAAAAAUCACCAAAAGUUGCCUCACAGAUGGGUAAAUCUGCUGUUUCCUGCAUCAUACACAGCAGGAAAAAGGACAUCUUUGGGUUUUUAACUGUGAAAUAAAACAUCAGUCUUAGUGAAUUAUGAGCUAAAUGUUUAAUGAAGGAAAAAUGACUUAAUGUUCUUAAUUUCUUAAUAUUUUAAGCUGCCUUUUCUGGUCUUAAUUGAUCACUUGAUGCACAAAAACAAUGAUGGAAAGAAGUCUGAGUUGGUCCUUUUGCCAAAAAUUCACUGAUUGGUGCCUCUUACAUGAGAAAAAAUUGCAUUUUUCUGUUUCUUAAACAAACCAGUAUUUUUUAUUUUUGGUAUUUGCAGUUUGUUUUACAAAACCAAAAGACUGACGUUUGUAAAUUUAAUAUAAGUUUCUCUCUCCAGCAUCUAAAAACAUUUGUGAAGAGAAAAUCAUCUUAGAGCUUUUUAUUUCAGAAAAUGAUAGAAGAAAACUCCUGACCUCCUGACCUGAGUACUGUCACGUAUUCCUAUAAAACAAUCUGCUUUUCCUUUCCUGUAAAUCUAAAAAUGUCACUCGGUGUUCUUGAAUCAAUUUGGACUUAUCUUAAACAUUCAGAGUGACCUGGAUCAGACUGCUGCUACCUGAAUAAACCUACACAAAUGUAUUUUAUAGUCCAGAUGAUGCGAUAUUUAUCCUCUGUUGUAACCUCACUGCUGCAUGCUGCACCGAUCGUUAUAAAGCUGGGGUUUGGCCCUGGUGUGGAACCGUCACAGCGUGGUUUAUAUUCAGCCACGUGUUAAUCGUUGCUUUGUGUGUUAAACUUUUAAUGCUACGCAGGAUAAAAAGGAUCAUCUGUGUUGUACAUUUUAAUCACUGUUUUGUGCUCCGUUUUUAUAACUUAACCGUCUAAAGGGAGAGGAGCAUACCAGUGUGGGAUUGAAGACUUAUCUGUCCAUUUAGAGUAGGGGGCAUUUACUGAGGCUUUUUGCACAUUUUACAUGAAGAGAGAAACCACAGAGGGGAAUAAUAUUCUGCACAUUCACAGCAGUGAGAGGCAAUUAUAUUACUCAACCAACAAUUGUAUGACAUUUUAGAAAUUAAUGCAAAAAACUAAAGAAGCUGCAGUAGAGAUGCUCAACGUAAUCGCCCAAAUUAUCAGAGAUUUUUCAAACAUAGCAGACAGGCAAACUUAACUUUCCAACUUACUGUUACUCUUCAAAUGCACUAUUACAUUCUUCCACAAGGGGGCUCCCAAUCAAAACAAUAAAAGAAGACAGCAGUGAUACUGGGAAUCAUGGCUGUGAUUCCUGCCACUCUAAUCCCAACACCCGAUGAAAACAAACUCCAAAAUUUAGCAUGGUUGAGGCAAACAAGGGAAGCCUGGGUGACUGGAAGUGCAGCCGAUGGCAGAGAAUCAUCACGGUUCAUCACAAGUUAGUGGCACAAAAUAUGAAUGAGUUACAGCAACAAAAUGGCAGCUUACAGAAGCAGCCCCCGCAUCUUUAUGCAGCAGACUUUGAUGUGACAUCCAGGGUUUCAAACAGGACAAUAAACAUGAUAGGCAAGACUAUAAAUUACGGAUUUCUCUGGCUUUGAAAACAACUGGAAAUAUCUGAGAUAAGGGAAGUACAUAACAUUCUUUUUUUUUAAUUUAUUAAUUGGGACUUUUCAGUACCAAACUUCUACAUAUUGUACUAUCUAGAUUGAUUUCCUCUAAAUUUAAACUAAAAAACCAUCACCGCCCCCCUUUGUGGAACACUGACCUACAGAAAGUACUAACGGUUCCUUAUUCUCCUCUGUGGUUUCAUUCAAACUUCAUGAACUACAACGAACAAGAAAGAAAAACUUCUAAACCUCAAGGGAUUUACUGUCAGUUGUGGAUUAAAUUAUUCUGUUUAUUUAAAAAGAAUAUCUGAAGGAUUUUAUUGGUUUAAAGCAUUAACUUAUCAUCACUCUGGAGUAGAUCCUGUCGGUUGCAAUCAUUUCCUUUUUCAUGCUUGGCAUAAACAACACUUUGGUGGUAUUUGUAUAAAAAAUGAAAUCAGAAGCAGCCGUGUUUAGUUCUCCGAGACGUGUUUUUGUUUCAGAAUUGUCCGAGCCUUAAACCUGCAGAGUCGUGGUGUGAAGAGCGAUCGCCUGCCUUAUUUUGAUUGAUUUCGACCAAACCUCAUGGAAGCAAAACUACAUCUUUGCCAAAGAGUCUUUGUUUCUCUUCACCAGAUUUGCCAUGCUCUCAUUUUAAACAUGUUUAGUUUACUAACCCAUGCUAACUGUUUUUAUUAGAUUCUUUUUGUUUGCACACUUCUGUUGUAACUUGAAGUUUUAUUUAAUGACUUAUUUAAUGGGCAUAGUGCUUCUACAUGAGUGUAGCUUAAAUGGGAAAACGCACACAUUUCUUAUUUAUUCACUGUUAUUUAUGUGUUAAAGGACUGACUCUGCAGCUUGUCUAACUGGUCUUACCUUCUUCCUCCUGUGGCUUCCUGCUCUUGCACAAACGAUAACUGAUUAAUAAAGACAUUUAAGCCAGUU